AUGCAUAAACGCGAGAAGAUUCUUGGCUGUUAUUCUUUUACGUAUUUGAUAUCUACUACACAGCGGCAUGCCAUUUUUCUUGAAUUUGUCCCACGUAAAACUAAAAUAGACAGAAAGAUACGAAUCAAAAGAAAUUGGCAGGUUAUAGAACAUAUGGAAUUAAUGUUAACCCAAAAAGAAUGUGAGCAUGCUUCUAUUACUUCUUCUGCUGAAGAAGAUGCGUUUUUACAGGAGGAGCUUGUUGGGCAAAUAGAUACACUCGAGUCACUACUUAUAUCAGGGCACGUUAGUCUCGGUGAAAAACAAAACAAGCAUCAUCAAAUGGAGUACACUGAAGAUUUGGGAAUAUUAAAUCAGUACUCACCGUAUAUCACACUGCGGUUUAAUUUACUGGCAGUUUCACCUGUAGAGGAUGAAAACUCAACGCCUCUUUUUCGAGGACUUCCAGAGGAAGAAAUAUUUGGCAGUAUAACAAUGCGUGACAUCAGAGUAUAUUUACUUUUUCACCUGGACAAGUUAAAUUGUUCACUCAUCAUAUUUUGA